UAAAUGUCAUUUCAUAUGAAUGUCACUUCGUUGGUUUAUUUAUUCAAAAUAUCCUUGCUGUGAUCCUUGCUUGUGAAAAUGAAUGCUAUAAAUGCAAUUGUGCAUUUAGCCAAUAAUGCCGACCCAGCGCGACGUAGAAAGCUCUACCGCCAACGAAGCAACCCAUUCGAUUUGCGGGACCUAAAUUUUAAAAUAAAAUAUAGGUUCAAUAAGGACACAGUGCGCACCAUCAUAGAUUUGGUGGAAGAUGAUCUGGUUCAGAGCGCUAGAGGUGGUGGCACGUGUCCUGAACUGCAAGUUUUAGUGGCCAUAAGAUGUUGGGGACGUCGUGAGGUACAAGAUGAUGCUGGUGACCUCCAUGGCCUAAGUCAGCCGACAGUGAGCCGGAUAUGCGCCAGAGUCGCGCAUGCAAUCGCGAAUAAGGCAAAUUCCUUCAUCAAAAUGCCUAUCACUAUAGGAGAGCAGGAAAGAAUUAGUGCCAAAUUUAGAGCAAUUAAAAAUUUUCCUGGGGUGAUAGGAGCCAUAGAUUGCACCCACAUUAAAAUUAAAAAAACCGGAGGUGACAUGGCCCAGUACUAUAUUAAUAGAAAAGGCUAUUAUUCCCUGAAUGUUCAGGUUGUCUGUGAUGCUGACCUCAAAAUAAUGGAUAUAGUGGCUAGAUGGCGAGGCAGUACACAUGACAGUCGAAUUUUUAUGGAGAGCAAUAUAAAACAACGAUUUGAGGAUAGGCAGUUUAGAGGACGCCUUAUUGGCGAUUCGGGCUACCCUCUUCUGCCAUAUCUAUUUACACCUAUUUUAAGGCCUAGUCGUCCAGAAGAAGAAGCAUACAAUAAUGCUCACAUCUCAACUAGGAACACUGUUGAAAGGUGUUUUGGGGUGUGGAAGCAGCGGUUCCAAUGCCUACUCCAUGGUUUACCAGUAAGCCUCCAAAAUGGAAAAGCUGUGAUCAUAGCAUUGGCUGUAUUACAUAAUAUAGCCAUUGAUAUGAAUGACACAUUGUUAGAACAACAUAUGGAGCAGGUCCCUGUAACUCCGCAACUUUCGACGGAGAACAGUGUUCACGACAACCGACCUUCAUUGUUGAGGCGUAGGUCGCAGUUGAUACUACAAAAUUUUAUAAAUCAACAUUUUUGAAUGAUACUGUUCCUGGCAUCUUAAUGAAAAUAAAAAGAAUAUUUGAUUGAAAAAUA